UCAGCUAUUAGGCAGUUGGACAGAGCUGAAGAGAGAGCUAAACAAAAGCCUCAGAAACCAAAAAAGAAUAAAGAAUUCACUGCCAUGCAUUUAACAUGUAGUGCUUGUGGUCAGAAAGGUCACAUGAAAACUAAUAAAAACUGUCCAAAAUACAAGAAUCAACCUGUUCAGGUUGCUCCUACCAAUGACGAGUUAGCAGCUGCUACCAGUGAGGUACCACUGGUCCAAGAUGACCUUGUUAAAGUGGAAGGGACUAAAGUUGUACUUAAGAAAGAUUUACUUGAACAUGCUGAAGAUGUUAGGAGAAGAUCGUUAGUACUGAAAUUCCCUAAAGAAAAGAUUCGUAAAAGAAAGAAGCAAGGAGAUGAACAAUUAGAUUAUUUAGAGAAAAAAGCUAAAGCUGGAAAGAGAAGACGGACCAACCCAGAGGUGCCAUUUGCUGCUGCUUUAGAGAAGAUUGUUAAUAAACUGAGUGCUGUCCAAGAGUAUUGGCCUUUUUGUAAACCAGUUUCUUCAAAAGACGUGCCUACAAUUUGAUAAAGUUUUCAAUGAACCUUCAGACCAUGAAAGAUGUA